CUCCAUUCUCUCGCGGCCAGACUCCAAAGGCACAUUUGUCCACGAUGUCUUCUCGCAUUUUGGGCCAAUUAUUAGGCCGUUUAUAUUUAUCUAGAAGUCUUAGAACACUUGUAGUUAGACACACUAACCGGUGUUUUGGCAGCGCUCGCGCGAGUGCUGUGUUUUCAAGAAAUGGGAAGAUCGUAAGUUUAUGUGCUGCAGAACAAAGCCAUACAACACCUAACAGCUAUGUAUCAAGUAAUUUUUACUGUGGAUUUCACUCAUCCGCGUCUCUUUGUGAAGAUAGUGUUGUUGUAAAGACACCACCAUUUGCUGAAUCCGUUACAGAAGGUGAUAUAAGAUGGGAUAAAGCUGUAGGUGAUGCUGUAGCUGAAGAUGAAGUUGUUGGUGAGAUUGAAACUGACAAGGUAUGGAUAUUCAGCAGAUAGGAAGUGAUGGUUA